CUGUUGACCAUAGUGUGUAUUGAACAGUAGAUUUGUAGCAGGACCUCCUUUCUAUCGUUCACAUAAUGAAGAAAGAGCACGAUGGGAAAGGACCGCAGCAGAUAUAUAUAUUUUUUUAAUUGGGAAAGAAAUAUCAGCCUGACGACCUCGGUGCUUUUUUUGUGGAUUAUACUUGGUUUGAAAGAUUAAAUGCUUGGAACUGAGACUAAAAAUACUCGAUUUUAACCGAAGAGUUUUUUCUGUGGAACAAUACACGGAYAGAACAAUGAGGAGGCAAGUAACGGUGACUAUCUUUCUCCUCUCCCUCGGCKUUGUGUUCGGGCAAGUUUCUUACUCUAUUCCGGAGGAAAUGGCCAAAGGAUCUUUAAUAGGAAACAUAGCUCACGAUUUAGGUUUGCAAAUCAAACGCCUGACAUCAGGCAAAGCGCGAAUCUUCACCCGAGACAGCGACGAGUACGUGGAGCUAAAAACAGAAACGGGAGCCAUCCUUGUGAAGGAGAGAAUCGACAGAGAAAGCCUUUGCAAAAAGACGACGCCUUGUUCUUUACAUUUUCAGAUUAUUUUAGAAAACCCAAUUGAAUUUUAUAGCGUAACGAUUCAGAUCACGGAUAUUAACGACAAUGCGCCAUCUUUUGAGAAACGAGAGAAGAAAUUCAAGAUUAGUGAAUCGGCAGCGAUCGGAGCUAAAUUUGUUUUGGAAAGAGCUGUCGAUCUUGAUGUCGGAGUUAAUGACCUCAAAAGCUACACUUUAAAACCAACAGAUAAUUUUGAGUUAAAACUACACAACAACCCCGAUGGGAAUAAAAAUGUAGAGAUGGUGUUACAGAAGCCGUUAGACAGAGAAAAACAGGAAAAUAUAAAUCUGGUGUUAACAGCUGUAGAUGGAGGAGCGUUACAGAUGUCAGGAACGAUGCAAAUUGUUAUUACAGUGCUAGACGCUAACGAUAAUACUCCGGUUUUCACACAACAGAUAUACAAAGCUACUGUUACUGAAAACUCAGCAAAGGGAACAGUUGUUGCAACAGUUAAAGCUUCAGACGCAGACGAAGGUUUGAACAGUAAGAUAACAUAUACAAUUACAAACACCUUCGAUGAUGUCAAAAGUAUAUUUGAAGUAAACCAAGAAAGCGGUGAGGUGAUUUUAAUUGGAAAUACRGAUUUUGAAGAGUCCAGAAGUUAUCAGAUACAUUUACUUGCUAGUGAUGAAGGUGGUCUCACAGAUUCUUGCAAAUUAUUGGUCGAUAUACAAGACACAAAUGAUAACAGCCCACAAAUUAAAAUCAUGUCAAAGUCUACAUUUAUUUCAGAGGACGUGAAACUAAAUACAGUAGUAACAGUGAUAAGCAUCGAGGACAAAGAC